UACCCCGAGCCUCUGAACCCCUUCCCAAGGGUCCUUGUGACCCUCUCGUUCCAGGAGUCCCCUGUCCCCCUACCUUUCCCUGUAGUGAGGCCCCGCCCGGCUUCCCCGGUGUCCCCGCAGACCCCGCCAUGGGCAACACGAGCAGCGAGCGCGCCGCGCUGGAGCGGCAGGGUGGCCAUAAGACGCCCCGGAGGGACAGCUCUGGGGGCGCCAAGGACGGGGACAGGCCCAAGAUCCUGAUGGAUAGCCCCGAGGACGCCGACCUCUUUCACUCCGAGGAAAUCAAGGCUCCAGAGAAGGAGGAAUUCCUGGCCUGGCAGCAUGAUCUGGAAGUCAACGAUAAAGCUCCUGCCCAGGCUCGGCCAACUGUAUUUCGGUGGACAGGGGGCGGAAAGGAAGUUUAUUUGUCUGGGUCCUUCAACAACUGGAGUAAACUUCCCCUCACAAGAAGCCACAACAACUUUGUAGCCAUCUUGGAUCUACCUGAAGGGGAGCAUCAGUACAAGUUCCUUGUGGACGGCCAGUGGACACAUGACCCUUCUGAGCCAAUAGUAACCAGCCAGCUUGGCACAGUUAACAACAUCAUUCAAGUGAAGAAAACUGACUUUGAAGUAUUUGAUGCUUUAAUGGUGGAUUCCCAAAAGUGCUCCGAUGUGUCUGAGCUGUCCAGUUCACCGCCAGGACCCUACCACCAGGAGCCCUACAUCUGCAAACCCGAAGAGCGGUUUAAAGCGCCCCCCAUCCUCCCGCCACAUCUGCUCCAGGUCAUCCUGAACAAGGACACAGGGAUUUCGUGCGAUCCAGCCUUGCUCCCUGAGCCCAAUCACGUCAUGUUGAACCACCUCUAUGCUCUUUCUAUCAAGGAUGGAGUGAUGGUGCUCAGCGCGACCCACCGGUACAAGAAAAAGUACGUCACCACCUUGCUUUACAAGCCCAUAUGAAGAGCUGGGAGCAGACGAUGGGCCACAGGCAACAAGGCACCACCAGGCUCCACGUGUGCAUGCUUUACACUAGAGGGAACAGACUGUCAGUUUCUCAUUUCACAUUCUUUAUAAGACAUUUCAUACUGGCCCUAGUCCUACUUGAAGGUUUAUUUCAGGCUCCAGAAGAGCCUUGGUCUGCAGCAGUCCUGUUUUCACCCAGAGGCUGUGAACCUCAUCAAGGUCAAGACAGGUAUCAAGGAGACCAGGAGCUGUGCAGCCACCACACUGCACUGCGUGAGGGCAAGUGUAAUUCUAAAUAACGUCCUCUGAACUGGUUGUGGAGCUGUUUCUUAAACCAGAAAUGAAUGGUAGUAAAAAUGGGAGCAGGGGACCAAGGCCACACAAAAUUCCUAACUGUGCAUGUGUCUUCAGGGCCACUGACUUGUCCCUGUUGCCGCCUGGCUGCGGGGAUAACAGUAAGUACAGUGUUGGUCUUGUCUCUCCUUUGAAAUCAAAGCAAUAGAUCUCUUCCAUUCUUUGUCCCAUGGAGGUGACAUUUCUAUAGAAAUAAGAACCUGUCUGAUUUCCAGAUGAAGCUUUACAAUUGUUUCUUACACUUAUGUACACUGAGUACUUUUUUUAAACCAGAGGUCGUUGACCGUACGGCUUCAAGGCGAUUUUUCAGUCACCACGGCUAGAACGUAGAUAGUGUAAAACAUGUUCAGCAAUAACUUGUUCUCAGAACAGAUUUCUAAAACCGCUGGCCGAUUUCUCUAGUAAGCCAAAUGAUCCUGAGGGCCGACCACUGUUGGCUGGAAGGUUGUCCAGCUUUUUAUUCGAGUCAUAGAGGUGACAGUAUUACUAUGAAAAUCUGGGAGAAGCACCCCACCCUAAUCUGAAUUACAGCCUAGGUCACCUUGUUCAAGACCUCUGCCCCUAGUCACCAAACAAGGUCGCAGCAUUUGUGUUGUUUGUGCUGAAAAGAAUUCAAAACUUGACGGCAGCCACCUCGAUUCACAUCAAGAAGACAUCCUUUGGACUGAAGCGGAGGACUGGGUUUCUCUUCCCUCAGCUGGGUUUCCAGGGAGCUGCCAGCAGAUGUGCUUCCUGGUGCCCAGUUGGCAGAGGUUACCAUUAUGCCCUGUGCCCUUGCUGGGAGGUGGGAGGAACGAGGUCCUUGGUUUCCAGUAUCUCUUUGGUAAACCUGAGUUUGAAGUCCCCUUUUUUGUUAUUUUUUUCAAAACACCAAAUGAUUUUCACCUUGUCAUACAGGUUUCAAUAAAGCUUUUUAAAGAUAA